AUGGCCGGGACACGCUCACAGACUGGCAACGCCCGCCCACGCGUCUUCCAAACCGUGGACACGGAGCCCACGAUCAGUCGCAAGCCUGGCGCGACGGGCCCCAAGGCCAAGGGAACAGCGGCCGCCCCCGCCGUGGGGACGACACCGGCGCGCGGCGCGGGCGGCGUGACCAAGAAGAAGAAGACGACGCCGGCGAAGAAGACGGGCGGCGUCGCGGCCAAGGCAAAGGUCGCCGCCAACAAGGUGGAGAAGAAGGCGGCGGGCGCCACGAGGGCGGCGACAAAGGUGCGCUUCUACUAG